AUGACAAUGAAAACUCUUUUAUCCAAAUAUUUUUCUUUCUCUGAACUAUUUGUCGUAUCUGAAGGCUCAAUCUCUGUAGCACAAUUCUUAGCAGCCCUAGCAUUAAUUCUCAUAUCACUUUGCUUUUGUUUCAGAUUCAGCAGUGUCUACCUUCUUGACUAUGUUUGUUAUUUGCCUCCUGAUAAUUUGCGGGUCCCUUACUCCCAUUUCAUUGAACACUUUGUAUUAUGCAACUUUGACCAAGAAACCAUAGACUUUGAAUUGAAAGUAUUGGAAAGAUCAGGCAUUGGAGUUGAGGCUUGCAUGCCAGAAUCAGUUCAUGAGGUGCCACCAGAUGGUUCUUUGAAACAUGCACAAGCAGAAAUUGAAUUGGUUCUUUUCACUAUUGUCAAGGAACUUCUUUCCAAACACAAUGUGCAUCCUAAAAGCAUUGACAUCCUUGUGUCAAAUUGUAGCCUAUUCUGUCCUACACCUUCCAUUACAUCAAUGAUCAUUAACAAGUUUGGAUUCCGAAGCAACAUAAAGAGUGUAAGCUUAAGUGGAAUGGGUUGCAGUGCUGGAUUGUUGUCAAUAAGCUUAGCCAAAGAUCUUCUGAGAGUUCACAAAAACUCAUUGGCAUUAGUUCUAAGCAUGGAGGCUGUAGCUCCAAAUGGCUAUAUAGGUAAUGCCAAGUCCAAGCUUAUUUCCAAUGCAUUGUUUAGGAUGGGUGGAGCAGCCAUUUUACUAUCUAACAGAAAACAAGAUAAGAGAAUGGCCAAGUACAAGCUUCAGCAUCUUGUGAGAACCCACAUGGGAUCAAAUGACAAAGCAUACGAGUCUGUUUAUCAGGAACCUGAUGAAAAUGAGAUUGUGGGUGUUUCCCUGUCAAGAGCACUUCUAAAUGUUGCUGCUUCAGCUUUGAGGACUAAUAUAACAGACUUAGGUCCUCUUGUAUUGCCAUAUUCUGAACAGAUACGUUAUGGGUGGUCAGUGAUUUGCAGGAAAAUAUGGUUAAUGGGGAAUAAGGAAAUCUAUGUGCCAAAUUUCAGGAAGGCUUUUGAGCAUUUCUGCAUACAUGCAGGUGGUAAGUCAGUAAUAGAUGCUAUAGAGGAAAGUCUCAAGCUGCAGAAGGAAGAUGGAGAAGCCUCAAGGAUGGCAUUAUACAGAUUUGGCAACACUUCAUCUUCUUCUGUGUGGUAUGAGCUAUUAUAUUUGGAGGCAAAAGGAAGAGUAAAGAAAGGAGACAGGGUUUGGCAAAUUGCCUUUGGAAGUGGAUUCAAGUGUAACAGUGCUGUCUGGAAAUGCCUUCAUGAUAUUGAUCCAAAUGUAAGGAAUGCAUGGUCAGAUAGAAUCCAUUUGUAUCCAGUUGAGAUACCUGUAUUUGACUGUUGA